GCCCCUCUUACCGACAAAUAUUUGCAAGCUUACGAAAUGUACUAAGCACGCCGAUGUAAAAAGGGUGUAAAAAGUGCUAUGGCAGAGAAACAGCGACUUGAACGCUCUUCGCUCUCUCCAUCGAGCGGUGCUGAUGGAAGAGUGAAUAAACUGAAACACUUAAAUCCAAUCACGGGUGAAACAGAAGAACCCAUAUUGGUUAGCUUCGAAGACGUCAGUGCUGCCUCCUACAGGAUUCGAAAAGGGGUGAAAAAAACGCAAUGUGAAAGAUCCAGUAUGUCAGAGGCAUUAAAAAUGGACUUGUAUUUCAAGAAGGACUAUCUUCAGCAUACAGGAAGCUUCAAAGAGAGGGGUGCCCGGAACACACUUCUGAUGCUGUCAAAAGAGCAAAAGGAAAAAGGUGUAAUUGCAGCAUCAGCUGGGAACCAUGCCCUUGCAUUAUCAUAUCAUGGGAGAGAUCUGGGGAUACCUGUUACUGUUGUUAUGCCAUUGAAUGCUCCUAUCAUGAAAAUCUCAGCUUGUAGGAAACAUCAAGCAUCAGUACAUGUGAAUGGAGCUGAUCUUAUAGAGUCUAAAGAAAUUGCCCUCAAGAUGGCAAAGGCAAAUGGAUUAGCUUAUAUUAACGGGUAUGAUCAUCCUCACAUUCUAUCUGGCCAAGGGACGCUGGGCUUAGAAAUUGUAGAAGAAGUUCCUGACUUAGAAGCAGUUGUGAUCCCUGUGGGGGGUGGAGGCCUAUUGGCUGGUGUUGCUGUGGCAGUCAAAGGGUUACGCCCUGAUGUGCAGAUAAUUGGGGUGGAGUCUGAGCGCUGUGCAAGCUUUCCGGCUGCAAUGGAUGCUGGUCAUCCUGUCAAGAUAGACGUCAACCAGUCUCAAACAUUAGCUGAUGGAUUGUGUGUCUCCAAGGUUGGUUCAAAUGCUUUUGCAACAGCUACAGGACUAGUUGAUAAAGUUAUCAGUGUCAGCGAAGAUUUCAUCGCCCUCGCCAUACUUCGCCUAAUUGAGGAAGAGAAAGCAGUUGUUGAAGGGGCUGGAGUGACAGCUUUUGCUGCUGUUCUUGCCGGCAUGUUACCUGAACUACAGGAUCGCAAGGUUGUGAUACCGCUGUGUGGAGGCAAUAUUGACUCUACUGUGCUUGGUCGCUGUAUUGAUCGAGGAUUAGCUGCAGAUGGAAGGCUUUGUAGGUUUAUCGUUACUGUAAGUGAUCGCCCUGGUGGAAUUGCUGAACUAACACGACUGUUGGCUUCUCUGGGAGCAAGCGUGAAGGAUAUUUUCCACGAGAGAGCAUGGCUCGUGUCCAGCGUGUUUAACGUUCAGAUCAAAGUGGUACUUGAAGUACGAGACUGCGAACAUGGACUUCAAGUUAAAGAAGCUCUUCAGCUACAAUACCCAAGUAAUGUGCUGUGGGGACUGGACCUAGGCUCUACUGCCUCUACUUCUUGAACUACUUGAAACUAAUUACCUUUGCACAAUGAAGACAAAGGAAUUAUGUGUGAGGUUGAAUUUUAAUUUCUGGUUAUGUGUGAUUUGAAAAAUGCUAUUUGAUCUUAAGAAUUGUAUAAAAAUUUUGGGAUACACGGAAACUUUUAUAUGCGAGGUUCUCCGAUGCAAAGAAGUGCAUUGGGACUUACAGACAAAUUGGGUCUGUUAAACUUGUGAGGGUUAAACUUGCGAGGGUUGUUACAGACUUGUGGUAGCUUACGAGCAAGCCCUCAUUAUUAGCUCUUAGGCACGAGUGUUUCCUCAAAAAUAUGAAGCCUUGAGCUAGAUGGUAGUGCCAGACCCCUUGCAGACCUCUCCUGACUCUGCAGCGCAAACAAUGAGGGCCUGCUCGCCAGCUACCGUUGUGCUGGAUUCGUUAUCAGACAAUGUUCUAUUUCAUAGAUUUAUUGAGUUUCUAAGGCUGAAGAAUAUUGUAAUACUUGGGUCUUAAUGGGUGUUUAUGAAAGGUUUUGUAAAUGUAUUUAUUUUCGCUACUAGUCAAACUUUGUGAGUGGAAAAUAUUGAAAAAUUUUUUUUUACUGGGCGGGCCUUUUUAAAAAAGGAAAAAAAAAACUUCACACCCCAUAGGGUGGAGAAUUGUCUCACUCUAACAUAUUCAACUGCUAGUCGCGUUUUUUUGUGUACAACCAGUUCAUAGUCCAGUAAAGCCAUUCGUGUUUUUA